CAUUCAUUGUUUUGCAGUUUUUCCAUGUGUGCUCCUCUGUUCCCUUGUUCCUCCUCCCCUCCCCAAUCCACCCACACUAAAGCACCAGUUGCAAGGAGAAUGCAGGUUCUGGGGGAGGAAGAUAGAAGAUCCACUCACUCACUUCCCCUAGUUCGCAGUAAUCAUCAUUCGGCUUACUGACUUAACUCACAUGUCUCCUUGCCGGAGUUUUUUUGGUGGAAAGCGGAAAGUGGUGGUGGUGGUGGAACACUCUUUUUUCCAGUUGUACUUUAGACGAUAACAUCCUUGAGAUCUGUCAUUUUGGUGUGCCUGGCUCGAAUAGGAAGCAUACAUGAUGGGUAUUUGAUUCUGUACGCCUGUGUAGCACGCUGAUUUCGGUCCAACUCUCACUCAUACGUUAUGCACGUCCGUCCGUUCCUGAGGACUGAAGUGAGUAUUGUAGUACGGUCCUCGAAGCCUCAAGACUCAAGAGACGAUUGGACGGCGUUUCGAGUUGGACGCAGCGGGAAAAGUUCAGAUUUAUGAGGCCAAGAUAUCUCCUUCGACAAGAUCGUGCAGAGAGUCUGAGUCUUGUCAUGCCUUUGGUGGAUUGGGGGGGUCUUCAAAACACCGCCGAGCGAGAUCGGUGGGGGCUCGUGAACGAGAAUAAUCUGUUCUUGCAAUACUAAAGAUAGUUACAAAUGUUAGAGAAUAGUUUGAGAGUGAGCUCCUUUGGUGUGACUCGUGCGAGUGAAUCGUGCAGAGACCCCAUACAAGUGCCUUCAAAGAGGAGCUUCAAAGACUGAAUAAUCAUGGAAGCAGGCAUAGAGGAUGUGGCCAAGUCUUGGCUCAUUGAUCCCGCCUGGCAAAAGGUGUUCAAGCAUACUUUUGACGUGGUCGAGGACUACAUCAGCUACCUCUUGAUCACGGCAGGGGCCCUAGCUUUGAGUGUGAGGCUCUUGGACACAGUGGGGAGCGGCGAUCUUCAGUGCAUGAUUGUGGGCGUGGAGAACGCCACCCAAGCCAGUUUAGGGCCCUACCCAGCAGGUGGAACCCUUGGCCUCAUCAACUAUGCGCAAACGGAGCAGAAGUGUAUCGAUGCCGCCUUAUCGCCUUUCCGUCAGCAUUUGCCAUUCAUCAUGCUCAUCCAGACCUUGGUGCUCCUUAUCGUGGAGAAAUUCACUUUCAAGAUCCCGCACAUCGCUCAGAAAGUGGAGCGGUUCUACAAGAACAUUGUGGACGAAUCGCUCUUUGGGAAAGAUCCCGACGUGGCUGAGGAUAUGACGGAUCCCAAGACCAGCACGGAAGCCAUCUCCCGGCGAAGACAGCGGAACGAGAUCUGCAUGUCACUUAAACGAAGCAGUAUCAUCCAUCACGUGUACUUGGUGAAGAACUUUGUCGAGAUUCUCAUUUGUAUACUGUUCCUGUGCAUUAAUCUCAAGCACGCGCUUCUACCUCAAGAGCCGAAUUCUCGAUGCGGGAUUGCGAUUCAGGCCUUCCCAGGGAUUGUCGACGAGAAUGGGCUCAUCUACUUUCAGUGUCGUGGCAAGAAAAUGGCCUUCUUCAAUGCCGCCCUGUGGGUGCAGAUUGUGUUGCUCGUCCUGCAUCUGCUCAUGUCUCUGGGCGCCAUGGUUUGGUGCUGGAAAUUCCGUCCCAUAUCUCGCCUACUCCAGACCAUUAAGGAGUCUCAGGACGAAUCCGAGUUGGAGAUAAUCAAAGAGGAUGAUGGAGAGGAUUUCCUUUUUCUUUUUGAUUUACUGUCCCAUAGCUGCGGGAUCGAGUGCACCUUGCGGGUUCUCACCCACUCUGACGACACGUUCUAUCGAAUCUGUCGCCCCAAGAUCAAUUGGAAGUCCCAUCUCAAGCUAGAGGAGGACCGCGUCAAGGUCACGUGGAAGAGGGCCGACAUUGAGAAAUGGCUUCUGGCCGGGAGUCAGGACAUCAAGAAUCAGAACAAAAUCACCAUUGAUUGCUACGAGGUCACCAUUUUUCCAGCUGAGUCCGUCAAGAACAGCCAGACGGUGGCUCCCAAGGGCAAAGACGCCAAAAAUGACGAGUAUAGUGCGUGGUUCUUUGACCUGAACGGAGGACGAACCGAGUACGUCAUCACGAUCGCCUGCAUGAUCGGCAAGUCAAGGAUGAAGGGCCAGAAAGUGGUCACGAAUCUCAUGCCCUACAGUCCGGAGAAACCCAAGACCGGGAUGCUUCGCAUGACUGGCACCAAUCAGGUAGAAAUCUUUUGGGAUCCUCCCAAGGGCGAAUUUGCCAAAUACACCCUGGCCGUGGACCAUCUCCGCGACUCGUUAUCGCCUUUUGGGUCAGAUAUCGGGUCUGUACACUCGCACGCCAGUGAUUUCUCAGUGGGCGAGAAUGUGCGCAACCUUCAGAAUCUCAAGUGGAGCCUCACCUCCUACACUAUUCUCGGUUUGGAUCCGGGUGAGUUGUACAAGAUGGAGUUAAAGAGUAAGACGGGCAAUGUCACUUGUCGAUCCCCUAUCCAAGAGAACAUCAUGACCACUCCAAUUCCGGUCAAAGGCCUUAUGAUCAGUCAGGUCAAGUCCUCGUCUUGUCUGAUUCAGUGGCUCAAUCCUAGCGGCCACUCCUGCUUGAAAGGCUUCCAGGUGGAUGUGACCUUGCAGGAUGGGAAACUCUUCAAAAGUGCUACCGUAUCCAAGAACACUUGCGCACUCCGGAUCAACGACAUGAUGUCGGCCACGGAUUACGUGGUGAAGAUCACGACCCUCUGCGUCCAUAUGGAGCAACGAACCGAGAGUGUGCCCGUGGAAAUGUCGUUGAGUACCCUUCCCGAGCCCGUGAAUAACAUCCGAGUCGAAAAUGUCACCCACUCUUCAGCCGUUAUCAGAUGGGACUCUGUGACUACUUUCGGCGCUCUAAAUCCAUCCAAUUGCAUCUACAAUCUCACCAUCCAAUGCCACGAUAUUGACUUCUUUUUCUGUGUCGACGUGGGUGGAGACAAGAAUCAGUACCUCCUUUCCAAAUUACCCGACCCUCAGGGCUCGGGCAGGAAGUUCAAGGUGGAGAUGCGGGUCUCCAUGCUGACCGUACAGGAAAUUGAAGUCCAAUCCGAGAUUGUCGAGGAGGACUUCUAUACCCCACCUGUCAAACCAACGAAUGUGAGGGUGGAUCCCCAGACUAAUGAGAUCCUAUGGACCCCUUCCGAAACAGCAAGUGUGAGCGGGUAUCGAGUUCGGUGGAGGUCUGAUGAUGAUUAUGACAAGGCUCAUGACAUCAUUGUCCCGGGCAAUUCUGUCGUUCUUCCAGAUCUGAAACCCACGUUCUUGUACAGGGUUAACAUUUUUGCCAUCGUGAGCUUUGAAGGGAGACUCACCCUGGAGUCCAAAGAACUCCAUGAAAAGGUCGAGUUGGAUCAGAAUGGGGUGAUGAAAAUUCAUGACGACGAUACGAGCUGACCUCAACAACCCUAGCCCAGAUAUAUUGUCUGAGGAAGCAAGAAGAAACAGUGUCAAUGGAAAGCUACUUCAAUUUUUAUUCAAUUUCUUCUCUUUAAUAUGGCGAACCUUUUUUCCCAAAGUAUUUUCAUCGUUCUCAAAUAUAUGAAUAAAAGCAGUCCUCAAGCCAA